CGCGUUACGGAAGCCGGCAGCAUGGCGGAUAACCCGGUGUCAGAGUUACUGCUACAGAAGCUGCAGGAUGCGGAGCGCGGGGGCCUGGACAGCCUGGAGCUGGCGGCCGGCCUGGGGGUGGAUCACCAGCAGGUGGUGGGGGCCGUCAAGAGCUUGCAGUCCCUGGGAGAGAUCAUCGAGGCUGAGCAGAGGUCCAGCAAGCGUUGGGAGUUAACGUCGGAGGGGGAAGAGAUCGCCCGGGAAGGGAGCCAUGAAGCCAGAGUAUUUCACAAGCUGCCCGAGGAGGGGAUGGCGCAGAGCGAGCUCAUGAAAUUGCCCAUAGCGAAGGUCGGCUUCAGCAAGGCCAUGUCCAACCGCUGGAUCAAGCUGGACAAGUCAGCAGAAGGGGGUCCGCGCAUCUUCCGAGCGGUGGAUGCGAUCGAGGACACGGUGAAGGAGCGGCUCCAGCUUGUGCUCCAGGGAAAGGCUGAGAGUGUGAAUGAAAAGGACAAAAAUGAGCUGAAAAAGAGGAAACUUCUCAAUGAAGUGACGGUUAAAACCUACUGGGUGAGGAAGGGCAGCGGUUUCAGCACCAGUGUAAGCAAACAGGAGACAGAUCUCACCCCAGAGAUGAUUGCCAGUGGUUCUUGGAGAGAGAAGUCGUUUAAAUCGUAUAAUUUUAACUCUUUGGGGGUGAUGCCGGAGUGUGGACACCUUCACCCUCUCAUGAAGGUCCGGACCCAGUUCCGGCAGAUCUUCCUGGAGAUGGGGUUCACCGAGAUGCCGACCAAUAACUUCAUAGAGAGCUCCUUCUGGAACUUCGACGCCUUAUUUCAGCCCCAGCAGCAUCCAGCAAGAGAUCAACACGACACCUUCUUCUUGCAGGAUCCAGAGUUUGCUACUGAAUUCCCCAUGGAUUAUCUAGAGAGAGUGAAGAAGGUUCAUUCACAAGGCGGAUACGGAUCCCAAGGGUAUAAGUACGAUUGGAGUAUCACUGAAGCCCAGAAGAAUAUCCUGCGGACUCACACCACGGCAGUGAGCGCUCGGAUGCUGUACAAACUCGCCCAGCAGGAGCAGUUCACCCCCGUGAAGUAUUUCUCCAUCGACAGAGUGUUUAGAAACGAGACCCUGGACGCUACGCACUUAGCGGAGUUCCAUCAGAUCGAAGGCGUCGUGGCGGAUUAUGGGUUAACGCUCGGAAACCUCAUGGGCGUUCUGAAGGAAUUUUUCACAAAACUUGGAAUUACUAAACUCCGUUUCAAACCCGCGUAUAAUCCGUACACAGAGCCGAGCAUGGAGGUGUUCAGCUACCACGAAGGUUUGAAGAAAUGGGUGGAAGUGGGUAAUUCUGGAGUUUUCCGCCCGGAGAUGUUGUUGCCGAUGGGUCUCCCUGAGGGAGUGUCCGUCAUCGCCUGGGGGCUUUCAUUAGAAAGGCCGACGAUGAUUAAAUACGGAAUCAAUAACAUCAGAGAGCUCGUCGGCCACAAAGUGAAUUUACAGAUGGUUUAUGACAGCCCGGUCUGCCGUCUGGAUUCCUAGCGCGCUGCGGUCUCUCCGUCUUCGUGGGAGCGCGUCGGCCGAGCAGCGAGUUCAUUAAAUAUUUAUUUACACCCAGAAUGUAGAAACUGUAAACAGGACCUGUCGUCUUCUUUC